UUGAAAUGAUGCAUUCAGUGGUGCAGUCGAGGUCAAGCUCAACAGUUGAAUUAUUUUGUCACUUUUUGGCAGAUUGUUUCAAACGAUAACUGAAAUAAUGGCUAUACUUCCGUCUCUUCUUCUUAUCGUUACGAUGAUUGGGUUCUGCGCCGGAGCCCCGGAUUUUAUUUUGGAGGGUCACCAGCGCACAAACUGGGGAACCUGGGGAGACAUGGCGACCUGUGCCCCGGGUUCGUACGUGUACGGAUUUCGACUGAAGGUCCAUUCAGACCAAGGAUUUUUUGGGGAUGAUAGCGCCCUCAACGGUAUCGAACUUUUGUGCAUCAGCCCCACGGCCAAACGCCCAGCGAGAAACGCGUCCAUGACAGAAUUUAGCACGAUUACGUCGCUCGUUGGUCAUCAUGGAUCUAUGACAGGUUUACAAGAGUGUCCCGAUCCCGGAUUUGCUGUAGGAUAUGAGCUCAGGUCGGAAGGGGAUCAAGGUUUUGCAGUGGAUGACACGGCUGCUAACAAUUUAAAAAUUCAUUGCUCAGGUUUGGGAAUUUUGGAAGGAGCUGGGCAGGGUUGGGGAGAUUGGACUGGGGCGCUGACUUGUCCACGAGGGCUUAAGAUCUGUGGAAUUCAGACGCAAGUUGAAGGGCCAAAUAGCGACGAUACCACCCUGAACAAUGUGAACAUGGGAUGCUGCGUUUAGUAAAAUGGAGAAAGACGAAUAGGUUUACGAAACUGAAGAUAAUUCUUUAUGCUAUUCUGAUUUCGAUUUACUGUAUUUUCGCCAAAAUAUUAAAAUAAAUAUUUACGAAGCAUGCUUUAGUACGAGAUUACGAC